GUCCCCCCCACCCCCCUCCCUCCUCCGACGUUUUCGCAGUUCUUAGGCGCGAGCAACGAGAGUCGGCGAAAAGAAGGACGUGAUAAACCACAAAAGUCUGCAAGAAGCUUAAACAUUCAUCGCCAUCUCUCCUGUUCCUUAACCCGGUGACACCUUCUCACGUCGGUACGACCGGCCCCUAAUCAUAUCGGCUAAGAACGAAGACGGGAGAAAAACAAGUCAAGGGGUUGAAAAAGCAAGACAGUCGGUUUGCCAUCUGAAAUCGUCAGAAUGAACUGGAAAUUGAAAUUCUGUGAAUAGUGAAAUGGAUCGAUUUAUCUGCAGUAAUGUCCUUUCAGUGAACCAGACCUUCAUUCCCAUAGACCAGCCUUCACAGACUGAGGAAACCUGCUCAGAACUAGAAGGAACACAAUGAUCCCCUCCAUCUCCUCCCUCUUCCCCCUCUCACCCCUCCUCCUCCUCCUCCUCCUCCUCAUGCUAAUACCUUCCUGGGCGGAGUCCCAGGCUGACCCUGACCUCAUAGUCACAACGCGGGCGGGGAAAGUUCGGGGCGUGCGACUGCCUGUGCCAGAUGGGGGUCAUGUGGCCGCAUUCCUGGGCAUCCCAUUUGCCGAGCCCCCUGUGGGCAAGAAGCGCUUCCGGAGGGCGGAGCCAAAAAAUGCUUGGUCUGGCGUGCUGAAUGCCAGCUCCUACCCCAACGCUUGCUACCAGCUCGUGGACACCUCCUACCCCGGCUUCCCAGGCACUGAGAUGUGGAACCCCAACCGGGAGAUGAGUGAAGAUUGCCUGUAUCUGAAUGUGUGGGUGCCAGCACCGCCCUGGCCCCACAACCUGACGGUGAUGGUGUGGAUCUACGGCGGGGGCUUCUACAGCGGCUCCUCCUCGCUGGAUGUGUAUGACGGCCGCUACCUGGCCCACACUGAGCGCGUCAUCGUGGUCUCCAUGAACUACCGGGUCGGGGCCCUGGGCUUCCUGGCCCUGCAGGGCUCCCCGGAGGCCCCUGGCAAUGCGGGGCUCCUGGACCAGCGCCUCGCCCUGCAGUGGGUACAAGACAACAUCCAGGUCUUCGGGGGCAACCCCAGACAGGUGACCAUAUUCGGAGAGAGUGCUGGCGGGGCGUCUGUGGGGAUGCAUCUCCUGUUGCCUGACAGCCGCCCGACCUUCUCCCGCGCGAUCUUGCAGAGCGGAGUGCCGAACUGCCCCUGGGCGACGGUGAGCUCGGCGGAGGCGCGGCGGCGUGCCACACUACUCGCCACACUGGUGGGCUGUCCCGGCGGCAACGACACCGAGCUGGUGGACUGCCUGCGGACCCGGCGCCCGCAGGAGCUGCUGGACAGCGAGUGGCAGGUGCUGCCCUACAGCAGCCUCUUCCGCUUCCCCUUCGUACCUGUGGUGGAUGGCGUGGAGCUCCCCGACACCCCUGACGCCAUGCUCAGCUCAGGCAACAUCAAGGAUGCCCAGAUCCUGCUAGGCGUCAACCAGGAUGAGGGGUCCUACUUCCUGCUCUAUGGUGCCCCCGGCUUCAGCAAGGACAACGAGAGCCUGAUCUCCCGCGAGGACUUCCUGGAGGGCGUGAGGCUGAGUGUGCCGCACGCCAACGACAUCGGCCUGGAGGCGGUGCUGCUGCUCUACACUGACUGGAUGGACGAGGACAACCCCCGCAAGAACCGUGACGCCAUGGACGACAUCGUGGGCGACCACAACGUCAUCUGCCCCCUCCAGCACUUUGCGGGGACCUACGCACAGCACCACACCCUGCUCUCUCAGUCUGGGGGUGCCAGCGGGGCAGGCGGGACAGGGUCUGGCAGCGGGACCUCGAGUGUGGUCUCAAAUGGCGGCGGGGCCAAUCCCCAAGGAGGAGGUGUGUACCUUUACCUUUUCGACCACCGGGCGUCCAACCUGCCGUGGCCGGAGUGGAUGGGCGUGAUCCACGGGUACGAGAUCGAGUUCGUGUUCGGCCUCCCGCUGGAGAAAAGCCUGAACUACACUGCCCAGGAGGAGGCCCUCAGCCGGCGAAUCAUGAGAUACUGGGCCAACUUUGCCCGAACCGGUAACCCCAACCUGAACGUGGACGGGAGCGUGGACCCGCGGCACAUGUGGCCGCUCUUCACGGCGGGGGAGCAGAGGUUUGUGGGGUUGAACACUGAGCCGCUGAAGCUGCACCGUGGCCUGAGGACCCAGCCCUGCGCGCUGUGGAACCGCUUCCUGCCUCGUCUGCUGGACAUCACAGAUAAUAUUGAUGAGACGGAGCGGCAGUGGAAGGCUGAGUUCCACCGCUGGAGCUCAUACAUGAUGCACUGGAAGAGCCAGUUUGACCACUACAGCAAACAGGAGCGCUGCACAGAACUCUGAAAGAGAGAGAGAGAGAGAGAGAUGGAAGGAGGGAGUGUGUGUGUGAGUGAGAGAGAGA